AUGACGAGUUGGUUCGACAAGGGGCGUCCUGCGCUUCAAGAGGCAUUGGAGAAAAUAUGCAAUCAAAUUGACGCGGAUAUAGCGGCUGACCUGGAGAGCUCCAGCGACGCCCGAGAACUCGCCGACUGCAAGGCCCUCUUGCAACAAAAUGCCACCAAAAAUGAUUUCUUAGUGAAAGAGAACGCGGCCCUUCGAGCUGAACUCGAGCAGCUCCGACGUAGCAGCGCCAUUGGCAGGUUGCCUCCCGAGCUUCUUGCGCCGCCUAGCUCUUCCAUGGCAAACGGAGCGCUCGAGGUGUCGGAUCCCGAAGUGGCGCAAAAGGCUGAACACAUAAAACUCGCACAACGAUUCAGGCUACUCAACGAGAAUUUUCGCAAGGCGCGGAGCGCACUUGAGCGACGAAAAGCCGAACGGGACACAUGGAAAAUGCGCUUCGAGACCCUGCAGGAACAGGUUCAGGCUGCCGAAUCUGAGCACGGCGUGGAAAUCUCCAACCGGGCGUCAGUCGCGUUGGCUGCCCUACAACCCGCUGCUGUGUCGUUUGGGAGCAGCUUCUCCAGUAACGUCGAAGUGAACGAGGCGGCAUCAGAGCCUGAGGAGCCGCAGCUGCCUCCCAUGAUUCCCAAGUCAUCAACCUCGAGGUGCUCCACUGGCUCUGUUCUGGGACCACUCGACUCGACCCAAGGCGAUUCCGAAGAAAACGAUCGUUCAUCUCUUCCCACUACCACCGAAGCACCAUCGGAGCUCCUCGUCAAGGGAGAACCGUCAUCUGAUGAGCCUGUCGUGGUUUCGGAAAGGCCUGUCAAGAAACGGAAAGGCAACGAUGACUCCGCGAAUAAACGGCCACUCGUCCGCAUCAAGGCGGAGCCAGAAGACGAUUCGAGUCCAGUUUUUGGAGAAACGCGAAUACCCGCCUCCCAGGAAAGUAUUGAUCUUGGAAACAUUACUCACCUGACAACGCCUCGCAAGCCAAGAGAGGCAGAAUCUACUCCGAAACUGCCGCCCAUCUACAGAACUCCACCAGCAGAUGCAGGGAAGACCGCGACUCCAGUUGCAAGAUACGUUCGGCACGAUAUGCCUAUCUCACAAACAGCAAGAGCCAGUAUUAUGUCCUCUGCUCUGACGCCAAUCAGCGUCAACAGAAGAAUGAUCGGCUCUGGAGGAGACAAGACUGCCAAGAUGUCGCGGAAACGGCAGCUUGAGGAGAGCAUAGCAGACAUCGCAGAUGAUGGCACCUCUUUCAGGGCCGGUCAAGACAAGACACCUCUUGGAAAUGCGCAAAAUAGAAAUCAAACGCCCGGAAGUCGUUUGAAGCAGCUUCUGCAUGAAGGAGAGGCGGAUAACAGCCCAGCACUAUUACGGCCAUCCCGACAAGAUCGCAAAGGUGUAUCCAUAGCGACGGCCGAUCUAAACAUCCCGGAGCGUCGCGAGCUGCCAUUCGAGAAGCAGACACGCCAAAGCAGACCAGUUCUCCAACCACCCACCAUUGCGCAAGCAAGGUCGCGCUCACCACAACGUUCGCCGCAGCGGCUGGCUCGGCAAGGCCAACUUCGCCUGAAAUCGCCCCGAGAGCUGCAUCUUGACGAUUUCCGAGUCAAUCCCGCAGCAAAUGAGGGCCACGACUUUGCGUUCUCUGACGUGGUCCGAGACAGGGACGACAGAGCUUGUCUGCCAGGCUGCGCCGAGAUGCAUUGCUGUGGCAAGCAGUUUCGCGCUCUAGCUAUCUCGCAGCGACCUGAUCCGCCACUGACGGCGGCACAACGAAUGGAAGAGCAAAGUUUACUGGAGCAGCAUCUCGGCGACUAUGCAUAUCGCCUGGCGACGAUGGACCCAGCAGAGCGGGCUGAGGCAUGGAUACAAGCCAAGACGCAGGAGCUCGCAAAUAAAUACGGUAAACACCGACACCGAUACUCGCGUAUGCAGUCUCCCCCGGGAUUCUGGGACGCGGAUUUUCCAACCACACAGGAGUUGGAGAUGGGCAGAGAGGAGGCGGCUGAGCGGGAGAAACGAGCCAUUCGAGAGCGGUACAGAGAGGCAAUGAAGCCAGGUGGACGAUGGUUAUUUAAAGAUGAGUAG